UUUGAUUGGCUACAAGAACCGGCCCGACUGAAGUCGUAUUUCGCAUUUGUAUGGCCUGUGUAUGGCGUAGGCUGUUGGUCGAAUUAGGCUUAGUGUGACAAAACUUACUACCAAUGUGGCUAUGACAGUUGCCUUUGUAACAUGUUCUCUGACAUGUGAAUUGAUAUGAAACUUGAAAGAAAUUAUAUGAAAAUACAACAUAAUUAGCCGAAAUGGAGUAUCCUCAAAUUCACUCUGAAAGUAUUUUUAUCAAACAGGAACCGGACUUCUGCAUCGAAGAAUCUGACGACAUGCCAGCGACUUCUGUUAAAGAUGAACCGGUGGAUUAUUCGGAUGACCUUGCAGGAUUUGAUCCUCAUGCUUGGGCAUUAAAUCAUUUGAAAAUAGAAACCAAAGAAUCAUUUGAAGAUCAGUCUAAUGCUUGUAGAUAUGGAAAUGAAAGUAUUGCAUCAAAUUAUAAUUAUAUUUCUCACAAUUUCCCGGAAACAUUUGUUCAAGGAGCAACUUGUUCUAAUCCAAUUCCAAAAAUAAAUAAUGUUUGGACUUAUAUGGAGAAAGUGUUUUUUUGUGAAAUUUGCCACAAAAGUUUUAGUACCAAAGGAAAUUUAGGAAAUCAUAUGAGAUCACACACUCAAGAAAAACCUUUUAGGUGUAACAUAUGUGGACGUUGUUUCAGUUUUAAUUGCAAUUUGAAAACUCACUACUUGACGCAUACAGGCAUUAAACCUUUUCAGUGUAAUAUUUGUGGGAAGUGUUUCUCUACUAAAGGCAAUAUGUCUGUACAUUUAAGAAUUCAUACCGGUGAGAGACCAUACAAAUGUCCUAUAUGCUUUCGAUCUUUUACUGUAAAAGAUAAUCUUCAAAGGCACAUGAAAAUACAUAUUCCUUUGUGAAAUUUUGAAUAAUGUAUUGCUCUGUGUGUCCUGUCAAUGUACAUUUAAUACUUAGAAUGCAAGAUAGUAAAAUACAUUAUUUCACUUCCUGUGUUUGAGAUGUAAAUAUUGUAGCAAUAUAUCUUAUUACAAGGUAAUAUCAUACUCUACAAAUAUGUAGUAUUACAUGAAAGUUUUAGGCAGGUGUUGUUUGUGUAAGCUUAAAAAAUAUUCAGUGUUUUUGUAUAGUUAAGUUAUUUUAUCUCUUAAUUUGAUACUGCUGACUCAUCUUUUAUUAGUUAAGUCUUUUUGAAGGCAAGAAUUUUGAAAACUGUUCAGCAGGCAUUUUUCUAUUGGUUCUAAAUAUCUCUAAAUAUUAUUUUUUCAUGUUUUCUUCAUUUGAUUCUUUUCAUUCACCUUUUAUGGUUUUAGAUUAAAAUAAAUUAAAUCAAAUAUCCACCAUAAUUUUAUAAAAGGUAGUAAUUGAUUUAAAACUGUCAAAUGUAACAAAAUUAACAAACAAUUUAAAUUUUUAGCUCACAUGUACAAUAAGCAUGAAAUGCAUAUUAGUUUAAUCCUGCAAGUGGAAUCUCAUAUUUUGUAUUAGCAGUUUGAGAAUAGAAUGCUACUGCAUACAGAAUAUCAGCCUGCAAUUUUUUUUAUCAAGUGCGUGAUCAUGGUUUUCUGAAGGAAAAUAAUUAUUGUGUUUCAUAUUAGUACCCGUUUUCAAUGCUAUCAGAUAUACUAUUACUAUCAGCAUUAGGUAAAUUUUAAAAAUGCGUAUGUAUUAGUGAAAAAAUGCUUCCAGUUUGUUUAAGAAAUCAAUGGAAUAGUCAUGUACAGUAACACAGACCAAACUUAAUUUUAAUCUGGUUAAAAUAAUAUAAUUUUUGCAACGCAUUCUUCGUCUCUUGUGGCAAGUUUGAAAAUGUUCUUCUAUUAAAAAGCUGAAAUUGAUUAUUGAACUAUUGAAAUGUUAUAAUUAUAUGUAGUGAUUUUGACUAAUAAGAGUUACUUUUGGACAGAGUAAUGUAAUCACCUUAUUGAUGUAAACAUGCCCAGCUUAAAACAAGAGGGAGGAAAUGAGCCCCCUAUUCAAGUAACUUUUUAUUUACAUAUGUUGUAGUUUACAAUUAAAUUAUACUACAACUAGAAUUAAAUUAUAAUGCCUAAGAAACAAUUUUAUGUUGAACCGUAAAUAGGAUUGCCAGAUAGCUUGGAGAGCCUCUCCCACGAAUUGUUAGGGCAAAAUGGGGGAAAUUAGAUAUAAACCUAUUUAUGGAAAUAAAAUGUUUUAUUAUGUAAGGCUACAGGACACAUUUCAAAAUUUGGAGGGGAUCUUAGUUCCCCUGCUCACACUCCUUUGGUUAUUGGUAUUUUCUUGGCCUGACUGUACGUGAAGGAAGUUUUAAGAAAAAGUUUCUAUAAAUGAUGAAACAUUUAUUCAUUCCAUAGUAUUUACAUUUGAAGUUGAAGCUAAUUGAAGAAUUCAAAUAAAUCUAAUAAGAAAUACGAUUUUGUUCCAGUGUAUUCUGCGAGUUGGUUGGUAGUACUCUAAGUAAUGAUCAUUCUGUGAACAUUCAAUAAAUAAGCUCUAAAAUGUUAACAAAGUUAUUGCAUUCUAAAAAUUAUAGAACACUUUUUUGUUUGGUUUUUUGUUUUAAUAAAGGCGAAGAAAACAAAAUGAAUGAGUUAAACUAUGUAUUAUCUGAAUAACAAGUGUUAUUAUAUGUUUUGUUUUGUAAUUUACUUUGUAGGAAUUUUUCAUGUUCGUAAUUGCAGUUGCAUAAUUAUUAUUGCAAAGGAUUCACUUAAUCUGAGUUUAAAGAAGAACAAGUUCAGAAGUUUGAAUAUAGAAAUAAAAUCACAUUUGGACGAAUGAAUGUUCAAAUUAUAUUGGACAUUAAAUCAAUUUUUUGUUAGUAUAAAUUACACUAUAUUUGUAUUUGGAUUUAGCAGAUUUUCCGAAGGUGUAAAUGUAAUACGUUUUGUAUUUGUAAGUUUGGAGAGGAAUAAUGCAAGAAUUCAUAAAUUCACAUUCUUCUUGUUUGAAAUUCAUUUAAUGUUAUGUUUCGAUAUCUGUUUAUAUAAUAGCCUUAUGAACAAUGUAAUUAAUUAAAUACAAAAAGUGUAGAAGUUUAGUUAACCCAUUAACUUUUUUCACCCUCAUUUUUCUUCAAAAAAUGUUUCAAAAGUAUAAUUUUGCAAAUAUUAUUUUCAAUACCAAAAUAGUGUCUGGGAGGACACUGACAUAUGGUUUCAGCAAGUUCAGUAAGUUGUUUUUUUAUUGGAUGGAUCCAGGAAGGUGGGGGGUCAUGCAGGCUAGGCCCACCCCCCAAAAAGCUUAAGAGUUUUUGUUUACCUUCCUUUAUUGAGCAAAAUUGUUUUAUUUAUUUUGUAUAUCAAUUAUGUGAUUAUUUAAACAAUAAUAUUGCAUAGAAUCAUAUCUGUAGAACAUAAAAUAAUAUACAAUAUAAUAACAAAUGUUUAUUAUUUAACAAAAAUCUAUGAUGUUCCCCCUCC